AUGAAUUCCUACCCAGCUGAGCUCUUGGUCCAGCUCGCUCCAGUAAUGUUUGUUGCAGGCCUUGACCCACCACCUGAAUCGUCUACCUCCACUUCAAUUGCUCCACAAACGCUAGUUCGAACCCAAUCCCCCCCGCCUGCACCUACCAAGACCCAUGAUCCUUUCGCGAGCCUCGUUGCGCGCCUCCGAGAUGCCCUCCGGUCACAGCGCAAAGUUGCGAUAUGGGCACCAGAGCGCACAAGAGCGUUUCAGAUGAUCAUUGUGGGGAAAGACGUCCGAUUCCCUCCUCGCAAGCUCGUUCCAAUAGAGGACCCUGCAUAUGCAUCCGCCCAUUCACCGCUUUCGCCCUUGACACCUUCGUCACCCUUGUAUCCCGAUGGCCUCAUUGCGCCCAUAUGGAUACGGAAACACACUGCGCUAGUACCGAGCGUCUUUGUUCUAUUUCUCAGAUUGUUUGAGGCACCCGCGGUACAUGCUCGAUCUCCGUUGGACCCACCAGACCCAGAACAUGAACGCGAUAAAACAGAGGAGGAACGAAGAAGAGAUGAGGAUCUCAGCGCCGAGGUUGCAUCCCGAAAGAAGACGACCAAUGAACGCGGCAUCAAAUUGACUGUCGUGCUACUUGCAACUAGGAGAAUGCUCGAUGAUCCGUCAUUGGAUAGCCGUCUCACCUUCAUCAGAAGACAGAGCGGGCUUGACUCCCGUGCAGCCUUGUUCGUCCUCAGUCCAGUUAGUACAUCUGAAUUGAAUGAUUUUGCACGAAGUUUACAAGACGCCCUAUACGAACCUGCACUCGAAUACUAUAUCUCUCACUCCAAGCGUGUCAGGCGUAAGCGCAAUCGGCACUCUCAAUCUGUCUCAUCGUACAACCCCCCACCUCUUGUUUCCAUGGGCGCUGCGAGCACCCGCCCACUGCGUCCCGAAGGAUGGACCGUGCGGUAUGAAUACAAGAUGGCAUGUUUCGCAGAGUUCAGGGGUGAAGAUGAGGUGGCGCUCAAACACUAUCAGGAUGCGUACGCAACGCUCAUGAUUAUGUUCGGAUCGACUGCCAUCCUGCCCCCUCGAACCAAGCGCUGGGCAGAGGCCAAAGUCCUUGCGGACGCCAUGAAUGUGAAGAUAACCAAAUUAUACCUGUACAAUCACGAGCACUCGCUUGCACUUUCGCAUCAUAAUUCCCAUAUGCGCCGGUUCGCUGAUUUUUCGCGGGGAUGGGGCAUAGGGGAGGAGACAUUUGAGUAUUGGAGUUGGAUGGCGAGACAACAUCGCGUCCUCGCGGAGCUUCUAGAACAAGGAUCAAACUCUUCGCUGACGUUCCCCACAAAUUCACCUUCUUCGCUUACGGCUAGUGUGACAUCGUCAGGCACACCCGUGGAGCUAGACGCCGUUCGAGCGUUCGGGUUGAAUCCUAGUCAUGCCUUGCAGCAUCCAGGGCAUUACUAUUAUAUGGCCGCCCGAUGCACGGAAGCACGCAGGGAGAGGUUCUUGGCCAACGAGGGUAUCUCGCAAGGGACGAGUGCCGCCCCAGGAUACGUAAACGAGAAGAAAGUUGACCAUCUGACAUUGAUUCUUGAGCUCUACACCAAAUCCUACGAACUCUUCAAGAAGCAUAGCUCCACCACGAGUCAAGGACGCUUGACACUCUGGAUAGCUUACCGCAUCGCGCAUACAUACUACAAGUCUGAGAAGUUUGACGUCGCAAUACGGUUCUUCGAACGGAUAGCAAAGACGUACCGAAGGGAGAAAUGGAAACACAUACUCAGACCGCUUUUGUCAGCGUGGUAUGCCUGUGCUCAGAAGCUUGGCGACGUGGAACUUAUGGCAACGCUCCUCGUGGAGAUGAUUGGGUAUGCACAAGAUGUUGAUGAGUCGAGAACUCUACAGGAGGACCUAUUGGCGAUACUCAAGAGUUCGGUUCCUGUAUCAACAGGGAAGCCACUCGUUAUUAACCUCAAAGAAUCUGAUCCGUUAUUGGACACCAUGCUGGUCUUUUGGACUCCCGAAGUACGGGUCGGUGAAGCGGCUGGAUUUCAACUGUCCCUUGCUACACCAACGAAUAUGGACCUCUCCGCUCUUCCGAUAGACACUGUGACUGUCACGUUCUCCGAUGGUUAUUACCCUGUAGUACUCCGACAUUCGCCCCCCACGGAUAGCCAAGUGGCAGAUAGGGUUGUCCGGCUGGUGAAAAUUGGACAGGUAGUGCCAGAAGAUGAAGAUGAAGAACCGGAGGAAAUUUGCGCUGAUCUUCGGUGGGGUCCAGGCGAACGACUUAUGGUCUCCGGAAGUAUAUCCUCUGAAGCUCCUGGACUGCUUACCGUCGUGAGCAUCACUGUGGUACUUGCACAAAACGGCUGGACCAUCGAAAUGCCACAUGAGCCAUGUGUCGCUCAUGAGAUAUCUACACUCGUGCCGCGCUGGUUGACUUCACUCCAGCCCAUCCGGUUUCUUCAGCUUAGGAGAAACGACUAUUCUAGUGUUAUUGUUCGACAUCGUCCUCACGAGCUCGCUGUCUCACUGUCUCAUCAAGCACCGGCACUGCUCGAUGAAGAAUAUCCCAUCGUCAUCGAUAUCACAAAUGUUGAUGAGCGGCAUCUGGAUGUUGUUGUUGACGUCUUGUUGCAGCCGACGGAAGUGGAUCAAGCAGCUCAGUACAUCACCUUCGACGACCAGCGUUCAUCCGGAUUGAUCAAAGGCAUUCGACUCGGCACCAUCGCCCCGGGCGUGUCGGCCACCAAAACUCUUUACCUCGUGGGAAGCGGUGCUCCUGGUGAUCGCAUGUUAGACAUAUCUGUUCAAUCCACUUCAGUCGAGCCCGGCUCCAUGAGUAAAGGCGACGACAAUGCAGAACCUCGCAGCUCGAGUUCCUUGAGCGAGCACGCGGCUAUCGAUUCCUGCGAGAAGUUACAAACUAUUAUUAUUCCGACAUCCGGAGCUUUGACGGUCACGUAUGACGUGGCGUACAGGAGAAGCAAGAACGCAAUGCCUGCUUUGGCGGAUCUGUCUACAAUUGAAGACGACUUUUGGGAUGACUCCCACGGUGGGGUGGCUGUGGUCACGUCAAGGAUAGAGUGUUCAGCCCCUUGUGGCUUGGUGGUUGAGAGCUUGAAGCUGCAUCGCCAGGAUAAUCCGCUUGCAAAGGUGCUCGACUGCUCGUCAGAUGAAAGCAGCGAUGAUAUGUUUCCAGAUGAAUACCUCCCUGGCGAUGAGUUCUGCAACGUGAGUAGGAUAUCACUCGGUCCACGGGAGGAGCAGGUUUUGAGCGAAGAGAAAAUCACUGGUCCUGGCGACUAUGAAGUUGUCUGGCGAAGGAUACUUCCUGACGGAGGUUUUGGAAGACAGUCGACCACGCGGUUUGCACUUCCGACGCUCAUGAUUCUGCAGGACGAGUUAAUCGCCCUUCUCGACGUCCCUAGCUUUGCAAGGCUCCAUGUGCCGACGCCCAUACACUUAACAGUCCGUAAUCGGCACUCCUCCCGCUCCGCCAAUGUCACUGUUACGCUUGAUCUCGAUCCCUCUGACGCAUUUGUCGUGGCUGGCUUGCGGAACGGUCGCCUUCCGAUCCUUUUACCGGGUUCUGAGGAGAAGCUCUCGUGGAAUUUGAUCCCGAUCGAAUGUGGUCAUGUCAAGAUUCCCCGUAUCAAGGUUAUGGAUGUACGACGCACUGUUCUUCCUUCACAAGGUGUUGGCAUGCCGAGCACAGAAGUUGACGUGGAAGGAGAAGCGGUAAAGGUGGUUGAUGUGCGUGCUGACUGGAACACUGCAAGGGUAGAGAGCGCGGGUGAUGGUGCGGUUGCAAUUUCUCAGCAAGAUGGCGCGAGUACAAUACUGGUACUACCAUGA